CAGUACUGCCCAGAACAGACCAGUAUGGCCCACUGCAGCCCAGUACUGCCCACUAGCACCCCGUAGAGUCCAGUAUAACUCAGUAAAACCAGCACAACCCACUAUAGAGCAAUAUAGUACAGUAUAGCCCAGUAUAAGAACGUAUAACCCAGUCCAGCCCGGUGUUUUCCCUGAAGGAACCAAAAGCAGCUGGUUCAGUCUGAGGAAGGGGAAGAGGAACCGAGAGCAGCACGUGGCAGCAGGGGGAUGGCACGGCGGGGGCGAAGAGGCUUGGGUGUCCCAGGGACCCCCAGACUCCGGGAGUCUGCACCGAGGCACGGUGACCCACCUGUGUGGACUUGUAGCCCUGCCAGCCCCUCGGGGACCCCUAAAUCCGUCUGGGCAGGGGCCUCCCCCACCUACGUCACAGGGAGGUGGGUGGGGCAGUGGUGACAAAAAGCGAUACCCCAAACUUCCCAUUUCUAACCCCAAAAUCACCCAAAGCAGAGGCAGUGGCACGGAUCUCCCCAGAGUGAGUCAGGAUGUGCACCCCACUGCUGGUGGCACUGGUGACACUGGUGAUGGUGCCUGAAGGGGUCUCUCCCUACGGCUUCCGCAACUGCAUCCAGGCACCGUGGGACCCCGGUCUGUUCCGCUGCAUCCAGCGCUUCCUGAGCACCGUGGGGGCUGCAGUGGGCGACCUCCCCUCCACUGCCACAUCCCUCAACCUCUCUGUCAAUAUCUUGCGCCAGGUGCCCCCUGGUGCCUUUGCCCACCUGCCGCAGCUCUACACCCUUGAUCUGACCCACAACCAGCUGGAACACCUGGCCCCAGGGGCUUUCUGGGGGCUGUCAGCACUGGUGCACCUAGACCUGGCCCACAACAACGUGUCAGUGCUGGCCACGGGUGUGUUCUCUGGGCUGGGCAACCUGAGCACGCUGCGGCUGGACCACAAUCCGCUACAGAAAGUGGCCCCCGGGGCUUUCCAGCCGCUGGCCGCGCUCAGCACGCUCUGGCUGCGGGAUGGCCGGCUCCGCGCGCUGGAGCCCGUGGCCGUGGCUGUGGGGAAUCUGACGCACCUAGACCUGCUCGACCUGUGCGUCAACAUGCUGUCGACACUGGGCCCGGGGCUGCCGCCCACGCUGAGGGUCCUGCGCCUCUGCAACAACUCCCUGGGAGCUCUUUCAGGGGCCACCCCUGGGGUGAUGCCCUCAGGGCUGCGCGUGCUCGACCUGUCCUACAACAACAUCUCAGACCCUGCGCCGCUCGCUCGCCUGUGCCUGAGCAACCUGACAUUCCUGCACCUGGCUGGGAACCCGCUGGACGUAGCGCAGCUGCUGCGCGUGGCUGGAAUCUCCCCGCGCCAGGUGGACGUGUCAGGGCUGCAGGUGGGCACGAGCGGCCUGGAAUAUCUGUGCCAGCAGCUGAGAGGACAGCAGCUGCAGAGGCUGCAGCUGCAGCGCAUGGGGCUCACAGCAAUGCCCGAUGGGGCUCUGGCCGAGUGUCCGGUGCUGGGCGCCCUGGAUUUAUCUGGCAACCGGCUGCGGCACCUGGGCUGCGUAGGGCGGCUGCUGAACCGGGCACAGCACGCAGCGCUGCGCGAGCUGGUGGCUGAGCACAACUUGCUGCAGCGGCUGCCAUCGUGCAGCGGGUCCCCAGUCCUGCGGCAGCUGCACAACGUGUCCCUGCGCUUCAACCGCAUCCUGGUGGCCGGCGCAGGUGCUUUUGACAAUGCACCGGCGCUGCGGCAGCUGCGGCUGGAUGUGAACGGGCUGGCACGGCUGGACCGCGCAGCGCUGCGUGGACUCCACGACCUGCGGCACCUACGCCUUGACAACAACCUGCUCACUGACCUCCUGCCCGGCUCCUUUGCUGACCUGCACCAGCUGGGCGACCUCAACCUGCGCAACAAUCGCGUGGCCGUGCUCUUCCCUGGCGCCUUCAAGGGGCUUGACCCCCUGCAGACCCUUGAUAUUUUUAUACAUUUCUUAAUAUAUUGCUUACAUAUUUCUAUAGUUAGAUUUAGAUUUCUGAAAGGUUUAUAUUGCUUAAAAUAAACCCCUGCCUCUAUCCAUGUAAAAAUCUUCUUAAAAAACCCCUUUAUUUAAACUCGGUUUAAAUUUAUCUCUAUUUUUCGCAUUUAUAUUCAAAUUUACAUUUUAAAUGUAGAUUGAUGUACGGUGUUAUUUAUAGUCUAUCUCUUCCUAAUAUUUAUUUUUAUUUCUAUUUUAUACUUUUAUAUAUCUUUGUAUACAUUGAAUAUAUAUUUCCAUAUUUAGAACGAUAUCAAAAUAAAAUGUAUAUUCAUAUUUUUUCCAUUAAAGCCCUGCCUCUAACCAAAUAAAAACAAAAAAGUCCUUUCUAUAAACGAUACUUGAAUAUUUAUAUAUUUUUUUCAUCAUUAUAGUCACAUUUGCAUUUCUACUUUAUAUUGAUGUCUUUAUAAAUAUAUAUUAUAUAUAAUGAGGUAGCAAGAUAGAUAAAUUUUUAAUUAAAUUCUAUUUCAUAGAUACCGGUAAUACUUAUAUUUACUCAGCUUUGAAUUUUUAUAUAGAUCUUAACGUAUUUAGGAUAUAUUUCUAUACAAAGAUUUCUAAUUUUAUUUUUAUUCAUAGUUUUUAUAACAAAACCGCUACCUACUACCAAAUAGAAAAUAAAAUCCCCUUUAUUUUAAACUAUAUUUAAAUAUUUCUUUAUUUAUAUUUUUGAUUUUUGCAAGUACUUAUAUAUUCUAUCACAAUAUAUUGAGGUACUGUAUUUCGAUAUAUAAUAUUUAGGACAUCUAAUGUGUUUUAAUAAGACAUAUACAGUAAAAUAUGCAUUGUGUACUGUAUUGAUUCCUAUUGUUUUGUAAUUUUUAUAUUUAUAUAUCCACAUGUAUUAAUUAUACAUCUCUAUAUAGAUAUUUAAAUGGAUUUUGUUUAUAUUUAUAAUCUAUAUUUAUAUGUAUUUGUAUAAACAAAUAAAAUACUCUAUAUCAAACAAUAUACUACCUAAUAGUAAUGGAUAACAUUAUUUAUAUUACAUGUUUUAUUUAUAUGUAUUCCAUUUAUAUUUAAAAUUGAAGUUUUAUAUUCCCAUUUUCA